GUCACUCUUAGACUUAGAGUACUUAGACACUAGAUUACUAUAGAAUAGAUUUUAUAGAUUAGUCUAGAACUCUAUCUAUAAUAAUUUAAUAUCUAGAGUCUAGAGUGAGUAAUUUAUUUAUUCUGGACAUUACUAUGAUUACUUGAAAAAGAAUCCUCCGAACAACUUGCUCGCUGUUUUUGUUGUCAUUACAUCUUUAAUCUUUAUUUUGAUAUUUAAUAUGAAACUUGACUAGUGCGCUGUAUUAUGUGCAUUUCCAUUUUCCAAUGAUUCUGACCCAGUUUCCUUCCAUUUAGCUGUCUUUUUAUGUAAGAAAAAAGGAUUUCAAAUUUCAAAAUUUCUAAGUCGGCUUUUAUUUUCCUAUGUUACCAGGAUGACUUUACCUCUUCCUAGGGUUAAGACUAUAUUUUUUGGUUGGCUAAGUCUAUGCUAAUGAACCAGCCAACAUUUAUUCUGUUUUUGGAGUCUAUUUAUUUGAUUCUGAAGCCAAAUAGGGCAGGUCACCUUGAAAGAAUGUCAGAUAACAGAGGAGCGAAAAUUUUAUACAGGCAAAAACCAAAAGGCAGGCGACCCAAAGGCAGACCCCGAAUGCCAUGAAUCAAUGAUGUGGAGGCAGAUCUGCCAUAGCUUGGGGUUAGGGCAUGGAGACGAAAGGCCCAGGAGAUAUCUGAAUGAAAGGAUGUGUUGAAGCAGGCCAGGGCCCUCCAUGGGCUGUAGCGCCACUGGGAUGGAUGGAUGGAAGCCAAGUUGUUUGAUUUCAUAAAAAAAAUAAUUUAUAGGGUGUUUGUAUUAAAUUAUGAUUUUCUUAGUGACAUUAAUGAUUAAUUAAUUUUAUAUUUUUAUAUCAUAUAAAUCAUAUAAUGAAUUAAUAUGCAUCCUAAAGAAAACAUAAAGAAACCAUAACCAAUGUAGAUCUAGAACAAAUACAAAAUAGAGCAGUCAUGAGCAGUGAGAUUUAUUGAUUUAUAACAAACAAACAUUCAAAUUUGAUUAGACAGUUAAACUUACAGCUUACAGUAAUGAGUAUGAGUAAAAUCACUAGAUUUCUAAACUUAGAGACACUUCAUAUUGAAAAAGUUUAAGACAGAACCCCCGCUAUUUUCCUGUUUUACCAAGCUAACCCUGCAGAACUCCCCAUUAUGUAACAGUCCCUUGAGGAACUGCGCAUGGAUUAUCGACAGGGACGUGGAAGCUCUCUUUUAACUCUGCAGUGUGCAAUAGGAAAGCUCUCGCAUUCCCUAAGACACCCCAACAGGAGUUUUGUUUUGCUAUUCAUUUAGCCUAAUCACUUCCUCAAGUGAUCAUUUCCACCAGAGUGCCACGUUAAGGCAGAAUAGCGUACCUGGGAUAAUCUAUGUCUGCAUUUAAACUAGCUAGUUUUUUUUGUUUACCAACCUUGGAUUUGGGCACCUUACUAAUUGAAAUAAAUAAUGCACUAAUGAGGAUUUUCAAUAUAACACAGCACACUGGAACCCAGUAUUAGCUUUUCCAAAAGCGUAAUACUCAGAGUGGGAUCAGUUAAGAGACUUAAAGAAAUAAUUGCGCCGAAAAAAAAAAAACAGACAAAAAAAUGAAGACAAUGUAUUAAUAUGCCAGAAAUGACUACGGAAGAAAAUGUAUUCUUUCUUGGACCAGUAUGUUUAAGAAAUAAUUACCUGAUUCAAGCAUCUUCAUAAUGUGGCAGAUGAAUUUUUUUGGCUAUUACAAUAAUUGUAUCCUUAGAUUGCUAUCAAUCUUGUGCUCCUAAUGACAUUGCCAAAAAUGAAUUAUGGCUGGAGUGAAAGAAAUUUCAACAGUUUGAUAAAAGCCUGCUCUUAUGAUGUCUGACAACGGAGUUGAGCUAGCAGCUGAAAGCUCAGGAUGUUAUUGUGGGGAAAAACGCAAGUUGGGAACCCCUGAGCUUCAAUGCAGCAUUUGUAGUACAUGGUUUCACAAUAGUUGUCUUAAUAUACAAACAGGAAAAUGUCUUCCAUUUAUGAUAAGUUACCAAUUCAAUUGUAAAAAAUGCAGUGGAAUUGGACAUGAAACAUUUCAAAAGAGACAAGCAACAUUUAUACAGAUUUGUCAAAUGACCCUGGCAAACUUGUUGCACAAUGCAAAAACAGAAGGAGUUUCAAAAACAAUUUUCUCCAAGGACAGAGAUAUAAUUCCAUUUAUUGAGAAACAUUGGGAGAGUUUAACCACCAUGCAACGCCGUGUCAAAGUUACCUGGCAUACUACUAUUUAUAAAACAAUGAUGAAGGAAACAGAUGUGUUUACAUACAAAGAAGAAGUUCCCGGAGACUCAUACUUUGGCCUUGUUAACCAGGAUCUCUCUAAAGUUGGACCAUGUUCUGAUGCUGCUAGGAUUAAUGCUCAACCUUCCACAAAUCUUAAAACACCUCUAAUGCCAUUAGAAACUGGACCAGGGAAACGAACCAGCAAAAGGAAAGCACCCAUUGACAGCCAGCAAACUACAGCCCUCAAACAAAAGAAAAGUACUAAAUCCUUCCGCAGCGAUUCCUCCACAUCUUUAAAGCUUCCUUCUCAUGGCUACCCUUUGGAACAUCCUUUUAACAAGGAUGGUUAUCGGUACAUCUUAGCAGAGACAGACCCCCAUGCUCCCAACAGACAAGCCUUUGACGAGAGUGUAGAAUGGGCUGGAAAACCAAUACCUGGCUACCUGUACAGGUGUAUGCUUGGAAGUGAAGUUUUAUUGGCAUUGCAUGAUAGAGCACCUCAAUUGAAAGUAUCAGAGGACCGCUAUUCUGUGACAGGAGACAAGGGCUACAGUAUGAUCCGAGCAUCCCAUGGUAUAAGUCAAGGAAGUUGGUAUUUUGAAGUGACUGUUGUGGAGAUGCCAAAUGACUCAGCUUCACGAAUUGGCUGGUCACUGUCCUUAGGAAACCUGCAAGCUCCAUGCGGCUAUGACAAGUUCAGCUACUCCUGGAGAUCUAGAAAAGGGACAGCUUUUCAUCAGUCUCGAGGACAUCAUUACCACGAUGGUGGCUACGGUGAAGGGGAUGUGUUGGGCUUCUAUAUAAGUCUACCUAAACCGGAUGACCCAGAGCUGGUGUUGCCUCAGACCUACAAAGACAGACCUCUAGUCAAGUUUAAAAGUCACCUUUACUUUGAAGAUAAGGAUAAUGUGAGUGAAACAGAGAAAACUCUUAAGCCAGCCAAAGGAAGUAAGAUGAUCAUGUACAAAAAUGGUCAAAGUGCUGGUGUGGCCUUCAGUGAUGUGUUUGAAGGACUUUAUUAUCCAGCUCUAUCUCUCUUCAAGAAUGCCUCUGUCACAGCUAAUUUUGGUCCAAAAUUCAAAUAUCCACCCAAAGGUCUAGACUACAAGGCAAUAUCUGAAGUUGCUGAACAAGCCCAUGUAGACUAUGCUCUGGCUGACAUUGUUUAUCAUGUGGAAAAUGAGAACAACAUACCAGAUUUUCUUUGAACUUCAUAAUGUGUUUGAAAGUCUUGCAGGACAUAACUUUUGAUGUAAACAAAAUUUAGUGUAGACAUAUUUUUUUUUGGAAAAGAAGAUUGAGAAAUAUUUUGUUUGUAACUGUCAUACUUGUUCUGAAAUAUCACCAGUGUUACUUUUUUUU